AAGUGAAGGCUCGGCUCGCUGUGCACUCUUCCGACAUGGGGUCCUCCUUGUCGUUUACUACCGAGAUUUCCGCUCCUUCCUCCACAGCGGCUCCAAAAGCGGUUCCCGCAAACCCACCCGCGAAAUCCGUCGUGCCGGCCUCCCCCGCCCAGGACCCUGAGUUAAAAAAGUGCUGGAGUUGUCGCGUGCUGUCGGGCUGUACACUCUUCGGGGCGGGCACCUACGUCUACUUGGUGGCCAGGCGGCCCCUGAAGCAAGGAAUCCCACCCGGCCCAGGCACCGUACUGCAGAUGGUCAUCGGCAUCAGUAUUGCCUGUUGGGGUGCAGUUGUUCUGGUAGACCCCAAAGGGAAGAGCCACCCAGUUAUUUGAAAAUACCAGCCUUUCAUUGCUGUGCCAUCACUGGCUUCAGGGCAGACAGAACAAGCGUUGGGUUGGUGGAUAUCCGUUGCACACACGGCCAAGGAUGUACUUAACUGUAGGACAUACCGAGAAGACCUUGAAAGUAUGAACUGUCAUUCUUUGGCCACGGAUGCUUACGGUUUACCCCCCUCUCAGGUUAUAAAGGGACAAAUAAAUCCCUUGGAAGCAAACAUGGUUCUCUGUCUUGUCCAGGGAGGUUAUGUGUUUUUCAAUUUAUACUUAAAGAUAAUGUUUUUGAGAACAUAUUAACAUGGGAUAAAUGAUAAGCCAACAGCGAAAUAAACUAAUUUUUUAAAUAAUAA